AUGGGCAAGGGCCGUGAGCUAUCAGCGACAGAACUAGGUCCGGUUAUUUCUGACGUUUCAGACAAGUUGUUCUCGGAGCAGAGCCCGCCGAGUUUGCCACCAUGCAACAGUCUGCUCAGCUCGACUGAGAACUCGCCGAAAGAACUGGUCAGCUUCGAGAGCAUGAUCCAGCAGACGACCCCAUCAGCUGUGGAAACAUUCGCUAGCGAACCCUGUGUAAACAUCCAACAAAUAUCGGAGGAAGAACGGAAGCGACUGCAACCGCUGCUGUGGCUCGAAUUAUCUUCCAUCUUCGACAAAAAUCACGUUUGCCUGGAAAAGCAAAAAGCAUUCAAGCGAAUGCGUAAGGAUAAAGGCAACGUGUUUGGAGUGUCGCUAAAUACACUCGUUCGCCGUGAGCUGCUGGUCGCCGGUGAACAUACAACCGGAUUGGUACCGCUGGUGCUGCAGGUCAUACUGGCGGAACUGACGGUGCGUGGUGUUUUAGAGGAAGGUAUUUUGCGUGUACCAGGCCACAAGAAGCAGACCGAAGCCAUGUGCAACGAGAUAGAAAAUUUUUUCUACAGCAUGCCGGAAAAGAUCGACUCGCUUAUUAAGAACGCGCCUGUGCAUGAUCUCAGUGCACUUUUGAAGUGUUGGCUAAGGGAGUUGCCGCAGCCACUGUUGAGCAACGAUCUUUUACAUAUUUUCUAUCAAACGAACGUUCUACCUUCACAAGAUCAAAAUCAAGCGAUGGCAAUACUUUGGCAGCUACUACCGGACGAAAAUCGGGACACGCUUCGAGAAUUACUCAACUUCUUCCGCCGAGUUGUGGAGCAUCACCACAUCAAUAAAAUGACCCAACAAAACGUGGCAAGGAUCAUUGCGCCCUCGUUCUUUCCACCAAGAUUUUUGCAUCCACUAGACAAGAACGAUAUCGGUGCGCAAGUGCGUAUGACUGUCCAGUGUUGUCAUCUCACUAACGUGCUACUAACCAUGGCCGAUAGCUUAUGGUUGGUGCCACAGCGUCUGGUCGAGCAGAGCAAGACGAUUAAAAAAAAUGGACAGCUAGCCAAGACUUCAGUAAAUACGAAAAACCAAUAA